AUGCUUUGGUGGACAAGGUAUCCUAUCAUCCAGUUUUGUGGUUGCUUGGAUCAGAAAGUGCAAAACGUAGCCUUUAAUAGUUGCGAUUAUUGCUGCAUAAGCUGCACCAGAGAAAAAGCUCGACUUUCUUUUUCUUUCUGUGGAGCUGUAUAUGCAUCGUUGCCGAUUAUUGCGAAAAUGAAAAGAUUGUUCAGGGCGGAGGUCAUGAGGAAGUCUAGAGGAGCACUUUUCCCGGAAGAGAAACUCUGCAAAUGGCUGACUCUUCUAUUGUUAGCUUUGGAGCAUCUGGAUUCCAACCGUGUUCAUCAUAGAGACCUCAAGUUAUGUAACAUAUUCAUCACAAAGGACAACAACAUCAGGUUAGGUGAUUUUGGAUUAGGAAAAUUGCUAGAUGCAGAAGGCCUUGCUUCCUCGGUAUCUGGCACACCAAACGACAUGUGCCCUGAGCUCCUUGCCGGCAUACCCUAUGGCUAUAAAUCUGAUAUAUGGUCGCUUGGAUACUGUAUGUUUGACAUUGCUGCACAUCAACCCACGUUUAAAGCUUCUGACAAAACUGGACUUAUCAACAAAAUAAACCGGGGUUUGUUCUCACCACUUCUGAUUAUAUACUCCUCCACCUUGUAAGUAUCUUCCUUCUCA